UCCUGAGAGAGAGAGCAACAAAAAACAAACUCUUCUUCUUCGUCUUCCUCCCUGUGAGGAGAACAAAAAAAAAAGAGAUAGGAGAUUUGCCGGUCGGCGAUUCUCAGUUGUGUAGUGCGAAACCAGUUGAAAUUCAGAAGCUGUGGUUUUGGGAUUUGAAUUGACGCGUCGGAUUCGUCUUCUUCUUGUCUGCGUUGGUCUGCGAUGGUUCAUCUUCCUGGAAUGGCGGACUCGUGUCGGAAGGGGAAAGUUAAGUUCGAGGUCGACGACCAGGUCGAUCAGGAACAGCUCGCCCCCUCCGACAAGAGACCGAAGCUCAACUUCUCUCCACAGAGUAAUUUAGCUAGUGGCGGUGUAUUCGGCAUCCCUCCAGAAGUGUACAAUCCACUGGAUGAGCCUAGCCCACUGGGUUUGCGGCUUAAGAAAAGUGAAUCCUUCGUGGAGUUGGUUCAAAUGAAGCUUUCUCAAGAACACACGCCGAAAUCAUCCACUUCAGGCAAUAAAGCUCACAAAGGAGUUGCUGCCGAUAAGCUCAAGGCCUCCAAUUUCCCUGCUUCAGUUCUCAAAAUCGGCACGUGGGAGUAUAGGUCAAGAUAUGAGGGUGACUUGGUGGCAAAAUGUUACUUUGCAAAGCAUAAGCUUGUUUGGGAAGUUCUUGAUGGUGCUCUUAAGAAUAAGAUCGAAAUUCAGUGGUCGGACAUUGUGGCCAUCAAGGCAGAUUAUUCUACCGAAGGAAACGAUAACCUAUACGUAGUGCUGGCAAGACAGCCUCUUUUCUUUAGGGAGACAAAUCCACAACCUCGGAAGCAUACAUUGUGGCAGCCAACAUCGGAUUUUACCAACGGACAAGCGAGCAUGCACAGGCGCCAUUUUGUGGAGUGCCCGCAAGGACUACUUGGGAGGCACUUUGAAAAGCUCGUUCAAUGUGAUCCGCGUCUCCAUUUUCUUAGUCAACAACCAGAGAUAGUGGUGGAUUCUCCAUAUUUUGAUACCAAAAUUUCUUUGUUGGACAAGAAUGAACCGAACCUCCGAGGGCUAAAUGUGGAAGCAUCUUCCUUGUUUGCUAUGGCUCAUGUCACUUCGCCAACUGCAAGCCAAUUGUGUCCAACAAAGAGAGAACAGCAGGAUUUUGUUGAUACAGCUCCUGAUCAUUUCUUGUGGGCCACACCUUCCCCCAACUCUGUGGUCGAUAGCCGUGCUGUAGGAGAAAUGGGGAAGGCACAGAAUCUACACAGCCAGAUAGAAGUACCUGGUCUCCGCUGCUCAAUGUCGGUGAGUGACUUGGUCAGUCACAUUGGGCAUUGCAUUACAGAACGGAGUGCAGCUGGGGAUCCGCUCUUUUCUGCUGAGGAACUACAGAGCACGGAUAUUAUGGAGGAUAUAACCAGAUACUUAUUCAGUGACUCGCAAGUUUCGGCCACAGAUGAACAGGCUUUCUUGUCUAGGGUCAAUUCCCUUUGCAGUCUUCUCCAGAAAGAUGAUACAACUGCAGGAUUUAUGCAAACCGCGAAAAAGGAUGAGGACAUGGAUGUGCAAAAUGACAGCACUGCUCCUGCACGUGAGGUUGCAAUCACUGAGGAACGAGGUGGAGCGGGGGCUGAGCUGAAGAACGAGUCGACACAUCCCAUGAGACGGGUGAUGCUGAGAAACGACUCUGUCGGUGAACUGCUGCUUAAUCUUCCAAGAAUAGCCUCUUUGCCUCAUAUACUGUGGGAGGAUUCUAAAAACCAAAGUAGAUAAAGAGUUGGCGAGCAUGAUCUCCAGUUUUCAGGAUUCUGAGAUUCAGAAUUGAUGAAGAAUCCGGACCUUAAUCUUCAUGUCCAGAAAUAGGGAGCCUUAGGCUUUAGUUUUUCCUUUUCUUUUCCCCAAUUGGGUCCUACCUUUCGGCCUCUGAAUGUGAUUGCUUGUAUUUGUGGAUGGUUUCUUUGGCGUUUGACGAGAAGUGCUAGCUUUCUUGGGGGCAAUCCUGUGCCUGGAAGUUUUCCAUUUUGAAGUUUGAUCGGACUUUCGCUCAAAUGGAGUCAAGUCUAGGUUUGUUUGAGUUUGGAACAAAUCUAUACAUGGAAUGGCGUGUAUUAAAGGUUUUGGGAGACCACUGGUGAUUUCGCAAAAAGGCCCGUACCAGGCAUUUCUCGCUUGA